GGGAGAAUGGGGGUGUGAGCUUAUGCAGGAUAUAAGAGAAGAACGAAUUGGUCAGUUGUCAGAGCAAAGCAGUCUUAAAGCUAGAGAUUGUCUUCCUGAAAGAUGAAAUCGAUAGAUUUCCCCUACUUUGUUGGCGUUUUCAUGAUUAUAAAUAUAUUUAACACGAAUUGUGUGCCAAUCAACAUGUGCGCUGGUAGUAAUGAAAGAAGUAAUGUUUUUCAAAUAGCAUCUUCAGAGACUCUGACAGAAUCAAUACCUCGCCUGCUACAGAAAUUUCAACUUUUCAUCAGAAAUUUAGGAGAAUUUAUCAGUAUCCUUAAUGAGAGGGGAUUGAGAGGUGACCAACAUUUGCUCGAGGCGGUAACAUCAUCGGAGAGUUUAGAUGGUUUCCCUGAUCUUGAUUUACAACCUGCAGAGGGAGACGUGGACGAACAACUUCUCAAAGACUAUCAUAUUCUACUCACAGUCUGGCCUUUUGUGGAACACAUGUAUCUCAUUGAGAAAGAUUCCGACCGGCAGUUAUACAUCUCAUUUGUAAAUGGACUUUAUAGUGUUCUUGAAAAUCUCAUUUGCGAAUUUUACAGUAUUUUAGUUAAUCGUAACGGUGUUAUCCCUCCAUUAGAAACUCCUUCGAUUGUUCCGGAGGCGUACAAGGAGAUGUCCGCCGCCAGUCGCCAUCUUUAUCACUAUUUGGUGGCACGGGAUAUGCAACAUAUAGUAUCUCUUCUCGGCAACAGAUAUAGAGACAUGUGAUUUAUAAAAAAUGACUUCAAUGCUCAUUGAAAAUAUGUGAUAACCAAAACGACAUCAUCGGUGCUUAUUGGACUUUGACAUUACU